AUGAUGGUUGCAUUUUCUCUGCAAUUCUUCUGUGCUCAUUUACUGAUUUUUAUUCUUUUUAUCAAGCUUUGCAAUCCUCUCGAAGUCGUAUUGGCCCGUUUUGAAUCUUCAAAGAGCAGCCUCAACGCACUUAAUGAUGCAAGUAUUAAAGAAAUUUAUCAAUCCUUUUCAUCAAUUGAGUGACACGAAUGCAAUAUAUCUGUGCUAACCAAUUGCAUUUUGGCUUAUCCCAAAAGUUCGAUUUUAUUAGAUAUUUCGAAGGUUGUUGACAUACAAUUCAAAAUUUCAAAAAUUUGCAGCGAACUGUCUUUGGUACACUUGGUCUACCAGGAUAAAUUUUACUAUGAAGAUGAGUGGACUUUCUCUCUUAUCCCUCAAAAAAAUAAACAAUUAGAUGCACUUUUGGCGCUUUUAAGCUACUUCAAUUGGGCGCAAGGAAUUUUUAUCUGUGACCAGGGCAAGUCUGAGUGAAGAGAAAAAAUUUUAGGGUUUUCUUCAGAGUUUGAAUGGCUUACAGUUGAAUCAGAGAGUAGCAUCGAGGAUUUAGUUAAUGGAGUUAUUUUUCAACUGGGCUCUACGCUUUAUUAUAUUUUAACAGGAACUUCAAAAUCAACUCAGAUUCUAAACUCUUUAAGUGAUAAAAAACUUUUGGAUACUGGGAAUGGAAUUGUAUUUCUACAAGAAGGCGGUUAUAGAUGCAAUUAUGAAGGAGCUUUAAUCAUAACAGAGGUUGGCCAGGAACUUGCACUUUCUAUAGAAGAAUAUUUCAAAAACUCUGCCAUAAGAGUUAUUGAUAUUUUAAUAAGAAACGAGUUUAGUGAUUUCAAAAAACUUCUAAAUUCAAAUCUCAAUGAUUACCACAAUAAAAGCCGACUUUCUAUAGUUAAUAUCCAAGAUGGGUUAAGAAAAACAGUCGGGUCGAUUCAGAAUGGCAAUGUAACUAUUUUUGGAGACUUGAUUUUCCCUGGGCAUUCGAAUUCGACGCCAAAGUCAAUCAAAAAGAUUUUGCAGUUAAGCAUAAGCGCUGGUACAACAAAUCCUGGCACACCAGCAAUUCCAAACGCAGCAGUAUAUCAAAUUGAGAGAUUAACUCCAUCCCAUAAUUCCUUUUGCAUGCGAAAGUUUAGAUUCUUUGGCUAUUAUUGUUACAUCCCCACAUUUAACAGCGGCAUUUCUUUUGUUAUUAAUUUGAAUAUGCUUUAAAAAAACUAUUAUUUUUUAUAAAAAUUGAUAGAAAAGUCUAAAAAAAAUUAUUUUUAAACUGUAUUAGGAAUCCAGAAAACAUUUAAUAAAAGCCGUUAAGGGAAUAUGAUUAAUUAUAAUGUAUUUAUGAGGCGAUAAAAUUAUCAUAGAAUAAUUUAAAAUUUAUUUGCCACAACAAUUAUAAAUUUAAAUUAUAUAAAAAUAAAAUAAUUAUCAUAUCAAAAAAGGAGUUAG